AUGGCCAGUCUCGAGAAGGGGCCUGCGCGAAGCAGCGCUCACCAGGUUCGGGCUGCGGAACCUCAGACGGGGGGCGCGGCGUGCCCUCUCGCCUCUGGGCGAGCAGAAGGGCAGGAAAUGCGUGCGAGCGAGAUAGCAACUCUGGUGGAAACACUCUUGCAGCAAGUGCUGGAACAAGCCACUGCUCGCCUGGAGUUGUCAACAGCGAGAACGCACGAGCCGCACGCUCCAGAGCCGCUGGUGAGUACGAAUGGCCUACACUCGCAAGCAGCAAGCGACGGCCUGGAAUCGCCAUCAAGGACACGGUCUAAGGAGACCAGGGAUUCGGAAGAGGGAUUCGCUUACCGUGAACCCUCUACUUCAAUUCCGACCCCGAACAGGAGCACGGAUUUGUCGACAAGUUGGCUGCUACGACUGUUCCGUUCGGACUUUUUCGAUGCAUGGAUGGCCGUCACCUAUCUGUAUCGAUACCGCCUUGUGCGUGGCGUCUUCGACUACAUCUGUAAUGAGCUGUAUAGUCUGGACAUGGAGGAUGUGGAGCUGUACCUGCCGCAGUUGUGUAACCUGCUUGUUUUCCAUGCUAGAGAAACAUCUGCUUUGGAGAAAUUCAUCAUGGACAAAUGUGCAGAAAGUAUGCAUUUCGCGCUUCAGGUGUACUGGUUUCUACAAGCCGCCAGUGAGGAUACGCGGCAUCGCUCGAUGCUGAAGCGCUGCCAGUUGCUGCGCACGCGCUGCGAAACAGCUGCCGUCAACGGCUAUGCGAGCACUAUGCUAGUGGGCUCACCGCCGGCCACCGUGGAGCUGCUCGGCUACGACUUCACCCCUGUGCGUCUUGAGGAUGCGUCAUGUACCCGACGUGCGACCCGAUGUCAAGCCAACGAUGGCGCGAACACCAGUGCAUCGUUGUUCGCGAUGCAGGACGGCAUGAACCAGAAUGCAAUGCACCUUCACAGCGGUGGGUCUAGGCGAUCGAGUAGGCACCGCCGCGUCCAUUCUCUCGACUUGAGGGCGAAGCAGAGAACAUCGCGGAGAAGUUCACUGGAUACGCGUACAGAGACAUCGUGGCUGGCGGAAACAGAACGAUUACAGCACGAGAGCGACGAUGCCCAAAGCGAGGGCACAGCCGCUUCAGCGGACGCCUUCAACGAAUCGCACGAUGAAGCCGCUGGCUGGCCGUGGACAGACGUACGUGCUCUGGCGGAAAGCGCGAUAGGUAUGGCGGCAGAUCGCCUCUGCCGUUCAGCGCCACAUUCGCCGACGGCCAUGCCCGCGUCACGAGAAACAUCGCCGCGCUCGUUGCCGCAAGGCUCGCCCAGCUCGCAGUGGCCUCCCUCGGCUCUCGAACAUACAAGGCUGCUUGCAGCAAAACAGGAACGCUUCGAUUACUUCAACGAUAUGCUCUACUUCUUCCGCUCGCUUGUGCGCAUCUCGCUGGAUUUGCGAGCCAUAUCUCCGAGCAAACGGGAGAGAAUUCUUAGAUCUCGAUUGGAAGACCUCUCCGAGCUAAUUUACCGCAGAAUAGCCGGCUUUGAGGGACGACCAAGCCGGCUCGGAGCGCAAGAUAUCGAGGUUAGCGCUGCAAUGGUUGCACCACGCUGCCCGCGUGCCGCGUUGCGAUCUAUCCACUUGCCGCUCUCGCGAAGCAACGAGUCCGUUUUGCGGCUGCUGCGGAUCGCUUCGAUCGAAUGCGUCAUCUUGUCCAGCAAGGAUCGGGUGCCUUUCAUGGUGUAUGCUGAGGUGCUCGAGACGAAUAUGAAAUGCUCCGAUCGGAAUAUUUUUUGCCAGCAUUUGGCCAGUGAAGAUCGCCUGCGCGAAAUGGAAGCGCUACUGUACACGGCCUCACCAGCCCGAGCGAUUCUGCCCGACGAGAAGAGUUUCGCGCCGGUCGAAAUCGUUCGGCUAGAAGAGAUCGCCCCUCAUACGAGCGACAGUCAAGAAGAACACGCGAGUGCGUGCCGUACCGAGUCGCUUGCCCACGACGCAACCCAAGCCUCAGAUGCCGACGAUGAAGAAGGCACCCCGGAGGACAACGCGGCCCAGCAUUCGCCGAAUCGUCCACCGGUCUACGCAGUCCCGUCUCGUCUCUUGCCUCGUUACGCACAUCGUCUCGCAUCUGCCGACCUCGGAACCGGCCUCGGCGGUAACGGCAGCGCCAGCUUGACCAUCACGUCAUAUUCAGAUCUUGUCGGAGCGAGUGGUGCACACCUCCAACGCGCACGCUCGCUCAGCAGCGGUACGCUUCGUCGCCUGCAGCACACAACACACCCGGAUACGGAAGCGGCAGUAGCGUCGGACUCGUGCCUCGCGACAGAGACCAACACUGUGAACAACAACCAGCGGCAUCCAGGGACAGACCCAGAAGCAGCCACCGCUGCCCGAGCGUCAAGCGGGCCAAACACACACCGCGUAGAUCUGCAAGAGCUCCAAAGGAAACUCGUUCGUGAAGCAAUUGCAGAGAAAAUGCUCGAAAAGUAUGGCGCUUCAAGGCAUCGAACGAGCGACACGCAUACAGCAUCCGCGGGAAAUCGCCCGACGAUCCGUGCCAGCGGCUUCAUGCAUGCAGCGGCGCACGUACCGCGCGGCGUCAAUUUCCGUGAACAGAUGAAGGCGCCACUGGAUGAGGCAUCGGAGCGGCGAGCGCGAGAGGCGACGCUCCUCUCUGUCUACGGCGAGAUGUGGGCAUGGAAGGAGGCACGUGUUCGACUCGCAUCGCCGUUCGGGCAUCUGCCUACUUGGCGACUGGCGUCAUUUAUUGUGAAAGCAGGUGAUGAUCUGCGCCAAGAGCAAUUAGCUGUGCAGCUGAUCGAGCAGAUGUUGCGGAUUUUUGAAGAAGAGUCGUUGCCUCUGUGGUUACGGCCGUUCACCAUCGUAUGUCUUGGCAAUAAUGCGGGACUGGUGGAGACGAUUCCCGACGCUGUGAGCGUGCACGCAUUGAAGAAGCGGACGCCAAAUUUUAUCUCGCUGCGUGAAUAUUUCGAGCGAGCGUACGGAGCACCACCGUCGCCUGCUUUGGCCAAAGCAGUGCGCAACUUCACGGAAAGCAUGGCAGGCUAUUCCCUGGUGACGUAUCUGUUCCAGGUGCGCGAUCGACACAACGGGAACAUUAUGCUAGCGGCUAGCGGGCAUGUUAUUCAUAUUGAUUUUGGAUUCAUGCUGGGCAACUCACCCGGUUCAAUCCGUUUCGAAGCGGCUCCGUUUAAGUUAUCCCCAGAGUAUCUCCAGGUGAUGGGUGAUGUGCAGAGUGAGACAUUCUGCUAUUUCAGAGAGCUUUUUGUGAGCGGAUUUCUGGCGUGCCGCAAGCACCACGAAAAGCUCACCACUCUCAUCGAGAUCAUGCUCGAGGGUACUCGACUUCCUUGUAUGGCCGGCGGCAUGGCUGUGGUCGAUGGACUCAGGCAGCGGCUCAUGUUAUCGCUCCCUGAACGAGAAUGCAUUCGGGCGGUGCUGGAUCUGAUUGACGAAAGCAUCGAUAACUGGCGCACCAGGCAAUAUGAUCGAUUUCAGUUCUAUUCGAAUGGCAUCUUGUGA